AUGGGAGACGACGAGCUCUCGAGACACCCGCGCAACCGCCGAACAAAAACACGGGCCAAUGACCGGCGCACCCUGCCGGGCUCCCACUCGCACGUCUCCCUCUUCAGCCUCCAACCAUCCGCGAAGGAAGGCGAGGCGGCUCAAGAUUGGCUCCGCAGUCUGCACGCGCGGGACGAGCAUGUGCCCUCCAAUGGGGACAGCUACCGCACCCUGGCUGUGCUGUCUGCAAAACGCACGGAUUCUCCGGAAACCACCGUCAUCUGGGGCGAGAAUCCUCCGCCUCGCCUUCCUCACCCCCUUUUCAUCCCACCGCAAGCCCGCCACGGUUCCCACACCCGCAAAGUCAAAAACGAAGGAAGGAGAGAAGGGGGAACAGAAGGGAGGUUUCGCCUCUGCCCUGUGCCCCCGGUUGAAACGGCUACGGCGCGUUACACGCACUCCUUCAAGGCAUCCGGGCCGGGUCUGAACGGACGGACAACAGUCCCGACCCUCCCCCCUCCUCCGCAGGAGGGCUCAAGGCAGCGGACGCCGCAAAGACCAUCGCACCAUCGUGAGCCGCGCUUCGACAUGGCAGAGCGCUCGCGACUCAAUGGCAAUGGGAGGCCGAUUCCGGCGGGACUUUCCAUCGUAUGCCCGUCUCUCGAGGCUGCGUGUCUCGAGAAUAUCUGA